AAAAGGCUAAAGUAAUAAGAGCAACAGAUCUGUCUCUCAAUCUUCAGAAUUACAAGAAGAAAAGAAGAGAAAAAAUGGUUCUAAGAAGCUCAAUCUCCAACACAAGAAAGUUCUUCCAAAAAACUAUUGACAACUUCAAGUUAUUUUUCUCCAACGAUGGUACUUAUCACAAACUACCCAAAGCACCUAACAUCAAUGCACAUCAUCAUCCAAAGUCCAACAUCAUCACACCAACAUCAUCCACACACAAACAGUUUCAACCGAAACCCAAAGACUAUGUGACUACAAACAGAGCUUUGACUCUAGAACCGAGAAGAGGAGACAGAGACGAGACACUACUUUCCCAACCAAAGGUGAAUCUUGUUCGUCUAAAGCUAAAGGAGAUGGAGAAGAUGAUGAAUAAUGAUAUAAUAAGCGAUGAGCAUUAUAUCUCAGAUGUAAGAGAGUUUUUGCAUUGCUACUCUUGCCUUCGUUAUACUGCUUAUCGCGACGUGGUUGAGCAUUUUUUCAUGGAGGUCUACUCUGAUUUCUUUAACUCUCAUCAUCAUCUCGAGCACACCCGAGAGGCUGUACAAAGAAGGCAUCCAACGGUGGUUCGAGUUGGAUCGUACGGUGGCCAUCAAAACUGAUGGAAUGGAAAACUUCUAAUAUACAUGAUCAGUGA